AUGGCUCUACCAGGAGAAUACGGCUACACACCAAGACUUAUAAGACCAUAUGUAAAUAGCACUGCCGCAUGUAUUGUAGAGUAUAUAGCGUAUAAUCACGUACUGCUGCGUAUUAUAGCAAUAGAUGGCAUAAAAUCAAUAGAAGUACCAGCAGUCAUCCACAGAGAAGAUGCACAGUAUGGGAUUAAAGACGAGACAAAAUUAAAUGAACUAUUUUCACCAGGCGAUACAGUGCACGGCAGAGUGCUUUCACUUGGUGAGUCAGGUAAUGUAGUUAUAUCCACUGCGGAUACAGCCCAUGGUGUAGUAAAAGCAAAGGAUUAUGAGACACUGCAGGAUAUAAGGAUGUCUAAGAAUAAGUUUAUACACAAUGGUAAGGAAUUAAACAGAAAGAAUGCCGUACUAUAGAAUAAUUAACAGUAAUCAUAAGAUAAUAUUAGUAUAUUCUGUGAUUUAGACUAUUUAAAGUUAUUACAACAGACAAUUCGGGUUGUAUCGGGACAUUCCAUAUAAAUAUCCAUUUAUUACAUAUUUAACAGUAAACCAGUCAAAGUACCAGUUGUACCAGCACUAAUUAAAAUUUCCUUUUAGUAGAACAGAAGUUCAUUUUAGAGUAUAAAGAAUAUUUAAAUAAUAAUAAAAAGUCAAAAAAUUAGAACCAGCUGGCUAUUACACUAUAAAUAAAUAUAAAGC